CUCAGUUAGCUCAUAGUCUACCCGUCUGAGUUCCAUUCGGCCCACCUUUACCGUUUGGUCAUAUUUUCUUGGCAUGUCUCAGUCUUUCGUCGUCUCAAGAUUCGCUCGGUUACCUUUUUUUCUCCGUCGAGCUCGUAGUCACCGAAUUUUUGUGAAAGUGAAAUAUGUUCGUGUUCAGUGCAUUUUAAUUUCUAUGGAAUGAAGAAAGUGUAAAAUUAGAUUGCAGGUUCCAUGGAAGAUAUGAAAAGAUAUGAUCAGUGAUAGUGAAGUGAUAUUGAUCUCUAGAUAGUAGUGAUACAGCUGUGCCCCCAAGUGCACAAAAAUUAAUGCAGUCGUUAUGGCGAAGAUAAGAUUAAAGCAACUUCUUGCGUUCCUGAUUUGUUUGGAAAAUUUACUCUUUCUCGCAGAAUGUGCACGUGAUGAAGAAGGUCCUUACCAAGGAAAAUAUAUAGGAAAGUUAAAUUCGUACCAUCAUCAGGUAUCAGGAGAAAUUUAUGCAGUUAACGAAUUUACAUUGCUCUUAACAAAUUUCAAUUACGACGGCGACGGAUUGGAUACAUUCUUUUGGGCUGGUGCUGCUAAUAGGCCUGGACCACAAGGUUUCAUCGUUCCCGAUGAACAUGGAAAUACCAAUGUGUUAGAGCGUUAUUUUAAUAGGGAAUUCACAUUAACGCUCCCCGAUAAUAAGAAACUAACAGAGAUAAAAUGGUUUGCAAUCUUCGACCUGAAUAGUCAAAAUAACUUUGGAGAUAUUUAUAUCCCGGACGAGUUUGAACCGCCAAUGGCACAAAGAAUUUCUACUUUGUUGAAACGAAGUCACAAUGUUACUAGUUCAAGCAUAGAAAUAUUAGAUUCGAAGACAAUACGAAUUCCAGAUUUAACAUAUGAUGGCCUAGGUAGAGAGACAUAUUUCUGGGCUGGAGUUGGUCCUCAGCCAUCUAGUAAAGGAUUCAAAAUUCCGGAUGAGAUGGGAUAUUUAGACUCGAUUCGGAAGUAUGACAAGGAAACGAUAACCCUAGAAUUGCCGGGAGAUAAAACUAUCUUUGAUAUCGAUUGGUUCAGCAUCUAUGACUUAGAAUUGAAAGAGAAUUUUGGAUCGGUCUUGAUCUCUGAUGGUUUGAAUGUUCCACCGUCACUGGUGAAAGUUUUUCCGUUGAAGCAAUCGUUGCCGAAUUGCCGACAGCUACAUAAAAAGUUACUCGUAUCUUGGGAAGUAUUUGGUCCACAGAUUACUUUCCAACUAUCUGGUCAAGUGGGAGAAAACGAGUAUAUGUCGUUUGGAAUUUCUGGAUCAGAAACCAGCACUCAAAUGAUUGGUGCAGAUGUUGUGGUCGCGUAUAUUCAUGGAGGAAGAGGCUUCACUACAGAUUAUAAUAUUACAUCUUUAGCACCGUGUGUCCAAGUGCUGGGUCAGAGCAAGGGUGUAUGCAGAGAUGAUCUAUUGGGUGGUCUGGACAGUUUUCAGUUGAAUACAUUUGCGAGGGAGGAUGGAAUCAAUACCCUCGUAUUCAGGCGAACUUUAAUUUCGUCUGAUCCUGGUGAUAAAGUAAUUUAUCUAGAUCAUCCGAUGCAAAUGGUCUGGGCAAUUGGUCCUUUAGAUUCUAAUAAAGAACCCGCAUAUCAUGAUUUGUACCCGAAAGCAAAUGUAAUAAUUAAUUUUAACUCCACGGAGCCUGUAAAUGAUUGUGUCAGCUUCACGAUGGGUGAAGAGCCAGUACCGGAAGUUUGGGAUAAAUCUCAAAUAUUUGAUCGCGCUAUUCGCAGUUUUAAUGCUGUUCUAGGACCUGCUGGAGGUAAACGAGGCUACCAAGGAAUAACUGGACACGUUUCAAAUGGCUUGGCUUGGUAUAUUAAUGGGCUAAUGAUUCCUGAAUUGUGGCUUCGUCGAGGUCUUACAUAUUCAUUCAAGGUACGCGGAGGAAACAAUCCACAUUCCCCUGAAUACUAUCAUCCAUUAGUAAUUACUGAUGAACCUCAAGGAGGCUACGAUCGUCUUUCCGAUGCUAAGCAAAGCGAGAUACGUGUUUUGGCUGGAGUUGAAUUCACCAGACGUGGACGUCCAAAGCCCACAGCAGCUGGACCAUUGUGUUUGGGGCGAUACCCUCCAAACUACGAUCGACGACUGGACGAUAAUUUCCCAACAUUUAAGAAAUUCAACAAGACUUUACGCUUCCAUUGCGACGAAGGCGAUCCUGCUAUUUUGGAAAUUACACCCAACUCUUCUUGGCCUGAUAUAGUUUAUUAUAACAGUUUCACCCAUGCAAACAUGGGAUGGAAAAUUCACAUAGUUGACAGUUACGUUAGAAGAGCAAGCGCUGGUACAACAGGCACGAUUUCAUUUUUAGUAUUCAUCGCUGCACUUACUGUUGCAGUUUCAAGACUCUUUUAGGUGUAUUAAAUUAUAUUUGCUGAUAAUAAUGAAACUAAAUCGUUGAGUUCGUUACUCCUUUAUGAUAAGGUUUAGAGCAAAAAGUGUACUUACUUUUAUUGCUGCUUCCUAAAAAUUGUUUGCGACAUGCACCUCUCAUCCGAAUGUUGAAACAUCUAGACGUUAGAAUCGACUCUAAAUUGUUGUUGAAAUGAAUAAAACAAAGACAAUUUUUCAUGAUUGCAUAGAUAUAUAAUAUCAUGUAAAUAUAGGUAUGUACAUUUAAAUAAAAACAUUUCUUGUAUCUUCUUAUUUUAUAAAACAUAACAAACAAUUUUUAAUUUUUCCAUGAUUUCAAUUUACAUUUCCACGAUCUGCAUAGCUUC